AUGUUCAACUCCUUCAUGGCCUUGGGGGUCAAGGACGAGCGGCUUCUGCUGUUGGACUGCUUCUUGGCCUGGAGCCAAUGUCACAAACUACGGCCUCAACAGGCGACGAGCGUCCGGGACGCCACGGCCCAGGCCUCCGAGGACGAGAGGCCGCCUUUUCUGUUUUCCGAGGACCUGCAGGCAGGACUGUGCGAUGGUGUGGGCUCAGUGCCCCCAGUGUUGCCAAACCACACCAUCCGCGCGCUGGCCGGCGAGGAGGUCUUUCUGGAGGCCAACGGCUCCCUCCGGGGGGCCUCGUUACUCCUUUCCCAGAGGCCGCCCAAGGUUGCCCAAGUAGUUGCUCCCUCCGUGUCCCUCUAUGUUUGCGUGGAGCUGGGUCUGCGGGGAGGAGAUUUGACGAUGAGGAUUUCUAAACCUUUGGAAGCCAUGAAGCUGCUGAUCGCCGCCGCGCUCGCGCUCGUCCUCGCGGCGGGCGAUCACCAAGUGCUGCUGCCCAAGGUGAUGCUCCCCGGAGGGAAGGUGCCGAACGAGCACUACCUGGCGACGGGAGCGGCCAUCCAGGAGGCGAUGGCACAGAAAGGCUCCGAUCUCUGGGUCGUGAUUCCCAGUGUCUUCCAAAACCUUUGCAUGAUCAGCUGCCCUGGCAAGUUCUUUUGCUCUCCACUGCAUGGCGUGGUCGAGACCGCCUUGUCCAUGGCGGCUCGGGCUGGCUGGCAGCGAGACCCCCAGGACUUGUGGCUCUCCGGGCACUCGUUGGGGUCGACCUGCGCCAACAUGCUCUUCCAGGCCUACAACAAGGGGCCUUCUCCGCCUUAUGCUGGGCUGAUUGUGAUGGGUGGCUACGUGGAUGAAGCAGGAGAGUUCGACUUGAUCCACUAUCCCGUGCCGGUGCUCUCGCUGAACGUGGAGCUGGACGGAGGCCUCGCGCGGCCGGGGAAGAUCUCCACCUGGUGGCGCCAGUUCCUGACGCUGAGGAGCUCUGGCGAUCCUGUCCGAUCCAAGCCAGUGAUUGUUCUGCCCCAGCUGAACCACUCGAAUUUCUGCCCUGGCUUCGACGUCCCGGGCGACUUGAUGGCAGAGGUGCCUCAGGAAGAAGCCACCAGUGUGAUCGCUUCAAGCGUGAGUGCCUUCCUAGUGCUCCAUGACUCCAAGACCUCCAGCCAAAUUGCGCAACGUGCCCUUGAGCUUUUGCAGCAGCAAGUCGAGUGGACUGAAAAGCUGAUGACGCCGUACCUGAAGGCCCAAAGUUGGGAGAGGAAUGAGAACCACUCGGUGAGCAGCGAAGGCUCUAGUCCCUUCUGCGCUCUGGCGCAGCGUGUACUGAGCGGCCUCCAAGCGGAGGAUGAGGCUAAGUUGGAGGUCCUAGAUGGCUUCCACAUCUCUUCGCCCAACUUGGAGCACUGCCAUCCCAACUGGACGCAGGCCUCUCAGGGACUUACGGUGAGAUCCUGUAGUCACACCAACUACUACCCGGACCUCAGCAACACCGGAAAGAUCACCGCGGCCCUGGAGAUUGGCUGCAAGAUGGUGAGCGCCACACGGAUCGAAGAGAAGCUGAAGGUGCAAGCGCUGGAGGAUCAUUUGCCCUGUAAAGAGAUGAACAAGCGCGCCGUGCAGCUGGCAGAGGAGCUUGCUUUUUCCAGUACUUUGCGGCGCUACAACGCCCAUGGACGGUCCUGGUGUUUUCUGGACGAUUCCCCGUCGGUGGCUGGCCCUGUUUGGGUGUUCAAGGACCGGCUUCUCUUGAAAGAGAACAAGACUUGCAUGUCAGUGCAAAGCCCUGCAAUGCUUACAGAGCUGAAUGCACUGAUUUGCCCUGGUAUUCACUACUGCAAGCUGCUGUCACCUGCCCGUGUACUGGAUUGGAUGAUGACUGACAGCUUGAAGCCAGGAGCCCGUGAAGAGUUGGAGCUCAUCGUUUGA